GCGCUCGGUUUUAAGAGCUUUUAAAAACCGCAGGCCCUGAGAACCAUCCUAAAACCCCGCGCGUCCCGGACGCCGAGCCUCGGCGCGCGCGCACGAGCUCCCACCGCCGCGUCGCCCGGCGCGAUGAGCCGCCUCGCGCCCUGGACCUGCGCGGGGUGCGGCAUGGACCAAAGCGACGGGUCGCCGCCGCACGCGCACCCGCUCUACCCGCAGGCGCCCGUCUGCGGGUCGUGCCUCGCCACCUACAACCUGGGCGAGUUCGAGGUGCGGGGCGGCCACGAGAUCUUCUGCCGGCUCUGCGGGAACGGCGGCGACCUCUUCCUGUGCGACGCGUGCCCGCGGGGCCUGUGCGUGGACUGCGUCGGGCGCACGCUGGGCCCGAGCUACGCGGCCCGCGAGGGCCGGUCCGACGCCGAGUGGCGCUGCUUCGAGUGCGACGAGAAGAAGCUCGCGGAGGCCGCGCGGCGGAAGCGGUGGCGCGGCAUCUUCGAGGCGACGGACAGGUGGCGCCGGGGCCAGCUGCGGCCCGCGAAGCAGCAGAAGACGGCGUCGGAGCGCCGGGCCGCGCGCGAGGCCGAGGAGCUCCGGCGGAAGCGCGCCCAGGCGGAGAAGCGCCGCGAGGCCGAGCUCCGGCGGCAGGAGAAGGAGUGGCGCGUGCUCAUCAGCGACGUGUCCAACGGCAUCGAGCGCGUGCCCAUCCGCGUCGUCGGCGCGACGCACGGCCCCCUGCCCGAGCCCUUCUCCUACGUGCGCGAGAACAUCCCCCACGGCGACUUCCAGCCGUCGGACGACCCGGCGUUCCGCGCGUGCUGCGACUGCGCCGACGGCUGCGCGGACCCGACGAGGUGCGCGUGCGUGCGGCGCACGGGCGACCGCCGCGCCUACGACGACGACGGCUGCGUCGACUGGGCCAACGAGUUCCCCGCGAUCUACGAGUGCAACGCGUCCUGCGCGUGCCGCGACGGGCCGGGCGGCUGCAAGAACCGCGUCGUCGGCGCCGGGCUCACGCUGCCGCUCGAGGUCUUCCGCUGCGACGCGCGCGAGCGGGGCUGGGGCGUGCGCUGCACGCGGACGAUCCCCGCGGGCUCCUUCGUCGCCGUCUACUGCGGCGAGCUCCUGACGGACGAGGAGGCGGACGCGCGGGGCCGGACGCGCGGCGACGAGUACCUCUUCAACAUGGACUGCUACCAGAUCGACGCCGCGCGGCCCCAGACGUCCAAGUCCGACGACCUCUUCGAGCUCCACGGGCCGCCGGAGCAGUCGUCGGCGUCGUCCGCGGCGACGCCGCCGGAGCCGUCGCCGCCGCCGUCCGCGGCGACGGACCCGGCGUCCUCCCGGACGCCCGCGACGCCGACGGCGUCGAAGCGGCCCGCGGCGCUGUCGCCGACGCCCCUGCGCGCGACGCCGCGGCCGCCGCGGGCCGACGGCCUCGACGCGCCCGUGUGCCUCGACGCGAAGUGGUACGGGUCCGUGGGCCGCUACUUCAACCACUCCUGCGAGCCGAACAUGGCCAAGCAGAUGGUCUUCGUCGACUCCCAGGACGUGCGCACGCCGAAGAUCGCCUUCUUCGCGCUCUGGGACAUCCCGCCGAAGACGGAGCUCACCUACGACUACGGCUACGAGGUCAACCAGGUCCACGGCCGGUCGCUCGCGUGCAAGUGCGGCGCGGAGCAGUGCCGGGGGCGGCUCUACUAA